UGCGGUGGCAGCAGCUUUGGCUCGGCUCUCUCCGGGUUGCUGCCGACGGGCUUCCCGGUGGUGUCGCUCGCUCGACAGGCCCGGCUUUCGAGGCUUUAAGCGGGCGGGGUGAUGCAGCCUCCGGGCCCCCAGCAGCCCCCACGGCCCCCGCCGCCUCCGCCCCUUUACGCGCCCAACAACGGGGACUUCACUUUCGUCUCUUCGGCCGACGCCGAAGAUCUGAGUGGUUCAAUAGCCUCUGCAGAUGUGAAGCUCAACCUUGGUGGAGGAAAUGGGGAAUUCAUCAAAGAAUCUACUGCAACUACAUUCCUGAGGCAGAGAGGAUAUGGCUGGCUUUUGGAAGUAGAAGAUGAUGACCCUGAAGAUAAUAAACCUCUCUUGGAGGAGCUAGACAUUGAUCUGAAGGAUAUAUACUACAAAAUCCGAUGUGUCUUGAUGCCGAUGCCUUCUCUUGGAUUUAACAGACAAGUAGUAAGAGAUAAUCCUGACUUCUGGGGCCCUCUAGCAGUUGUCCUGUUCUUCUCAAUGAUCUCAUUAUAUGGACAAUUCAAGGUGGUAUCAUGGAUUAUAACUAUUUGGAUAUUUGGAUCCUUGACAAUAUUCCUGUUGGCCAGGGUUCUCGGAGGCGAGGUUGCAUAUGGCCAAGUUCUCGGCGUGAUUGGAUAUUCUUUACUUCCUCUUAUUGUAAUAGCACCUGUGCUUCUGGUGGUUGGAUCAUUUGAUGUUGUUUCUACUCUAAUAAAACUUUUUGGAGUAUUUUGGGCUGCAUACAGUGCUGCUUCGUUAUUAGUUGGAGAAGAAUUUAAGACCAAGAAGCCCCUCCUAAUCUACCCCAUCUUCUUAUUGUACAUCUAUUUUUUGUCCUUAUAUACUGGAGUGUGACCUGCAGUGUUGGCUUUGGACAGGAACAAUGUCUUAGCUUGCCAUGAGGACUGAUGAAAUGUUGCCUGAUUGAAAAUACAAAUGACUGUGUCAUAUCUGGCUGUCAAGGUUUUAGUGGUAAUCCAACUAUAUCUGUGUAUAUUAUUUAAGCAGUUUUAGUUACAUUAGAGAUUUAUAACAGAGUUUUAGGUUGAAGACUUAUUAGAUUUUUAUUGAACAAGGUAAGAACAUUGUGUUUAUAGCCUGAAAUUUCAGCAUAACAGUUUAUUACUUGUGCCAAAUGCACAAGGACCAUAUGAUUAGUAUAUUAAGUUGAAGUGGAAUUCUGAUUACUGUUAAUAGUUCAUUUCUUACUUUCAACACAGCAUAUUCUGUAGAUAUAUUUAUGAAUCAGUCCCGAUUGUUCAGACUUGCCUGUAACCAAGACAUGACCCUUAAUGUGGUGCCUUGCACACUCUUUGAUUUGGCCAUUACGAAUUCUGACUCUUAAAAGUGUUUUAUGUGCAUCUGUAUGUAGGUUUAGGUUAUUUUCUUGUUGAAGCAGGGUUAUAGAUGCAUAACAAUUUGAGCAUCCAUCAUUGUUUUUUGAUAAAAUUGUAUGUAUGCCAUAGAACAUUUUUACAGUGUUGAUUUGGAAAUCUUUAUGAUAGUGGUGAUAAAUGGGGAGAAAGGUUUCAAUAAAUCUUACAGUUCUGAACCAAAUCUUAUAAUGGAAUAAACAAUCCUUCUCCAAAACUGUACUUGUUUUUAUAACACCUUGUUUUGCUGUUUUGACCUAUUACUGUUCAGUGUGGGGUAAUGUACUACUUUUUAUAGUAAAAUGGCACUCCUUAAUAUGAGAUGAUACCUGAUGAAGAAUGGCAGCAGUUAGACUUUGAUUGGCAACAGAAUUAAACUUGUGUUUUGAUGACCAGGAUAAUUUUGUCUUGGCUUAAGAAUAUUAUGGAAAUGGCUGUUUAAUAUUGGCCCAAGAUUAACUUUUCCCCACCGAGAAAACUUAAAAUUAUAGUCUUAA